UAUAAGAGAAUGUGAAUAUUAUAUUCUUAAAACAAUGUUCACGAAAUAUAUGAUUAUUAGUUCUUGGUUUGGCCGUUGGUACCUGGUGGCGCUGAGAUCUUGGAUCGCACAAUGGCUGCCCAUUAGCAGUCCAUAGAUAUAUAGUCAAAGCACAGCAAAAUGAAUGUCGUCACUGCUUUGAAGUUUUACAUCACGAAAAUGACAGAAGACAGUGGUCCUGGCAUGAAAGUUCUGUUAAUGGAUAAACAAACGACAAGCAUAGUUAGUUUACUUUAUAGUCAGUCUGAGAUAUUAAUGAAAGAGGUUUAUUUAUUUGAGCGGAUAGACACGGCUGUACAUAAUGACAGUUUAAAACAUUUAACGUGCAUAGUGUUUGUAAGGCCGACUAAAGAAAACGUUGACCUGCUUUGCAAAGAACUUAGGUAUCCUAAAUAUGGAGUAUAUUACAUUUAUUUCAGUAAUAUUAUUGCAAAGGCGGACAUAAAACUUUUGGCAGAGAGCGACGAACGGGAAGUAGUCAGAGAAAUACAUGAAUAUUAUGCGGAUUACCUAGCGAUUAAUCCGCAUUUAUUUUCACUUGGAAUAAACGCCUGCAGCCAAGGGUUAACAUGGGAUCCAGUGCAUUUACAUAGAGCUAUCCAAGGAAUUACGUCAGUGUUGCUAUCGCUAAAGAAAUGCCCAUAUAUCAGAUACCAAAAUAGUUCGGACAUGGCAAAGAGAUUAGCAGAAAAGAUAAGGGAAGUGCUCAGUAAGGAAUCCAAUUCUUUUGAAUUCAGACAGGAGUCUAAUCCUAUCCUCCUGAUAGUCGAUAGAAGGGACGAUCCUGUUACACCCUUGCUAAAUCAAUGGACGUAUCAGGCAAUGGUGCAUGAAUUGUUAACAAUCAAUAAUAAUCGUGUUAAUUUGUCCCAUGUGAAAGGCGUUUCGAAAGAACUGAAAGAGGUUGUUCUCAGUGCAGAACAUGACGAUUUUUAUGCUAACAAUCUGUAUCUCAACUUCGGUGAGAUCGGGCAAACAAUAAAAGAAUUGAUGGACGAAUUUCAAAGGAAAGCGAAGAAGCACCAAAAAGUUGAAAGCAUAGCCGACAUGAAACAUUUCGUGGAGACGUAUCCGCUUUUCAAGAAACUUUCCGGUACUGUAUCGAAACACGUCACGGUAGUCGGCGAGCUAUCGUCCCUCGUAGAGAAACACAAUUUGUUAGAAGUGUCGGAAUUGGAGCAGGAAUUGAGUUGUCAGACUGAACAUUCCUCUCAGCUGCAAAAGAUAAAGAUGCUUAUCAAUAAUCAGAAGGUGCAAGAUAUCGACACCGUUCGACUUGUCAUGCUCUACGCGCUCCAUUAUGAGAAACACGCGAGCAACGACAUAAACGGUUUAAUAGAAUUACUUAAAAAGAGAAACGUUUCAGACAAAUACAUCAAGCUUGUAUAUAAUAUAUUAGAGUAUAGCGGUGUUAAUACCAGACAAAGUAAUUUAUUUGAUCGAGAAGCCGUCGCCAAAAUAACUAAAAAAUUAUUCAAAGGUUUAAGCGGUGUAGAUAAUAUAUAUACGCAACAUAAUCCUCUAAUAAGUGAAACCUUGGAAGACUUGAUAAGAGGAAGAUUAAGUACACAGAUAUUCCCAUAUCUUGGUAAUAUGACAAUGUCGAGAAGACCUCAAGACAUUAUAGUAUUUAUGGUCGGAGGUGCAACUUAUGAAGAGAGUCUGGCUGUUUACAAUAUAAAUAAACAAAAUCCGAGCAUAAAAAUAAUUCUAGGUGGUACCACCAUUCACAAUUUCAAAAGCUUUGCAGAAGAAGUGCAUCAUGCCACUAGCGGCAUUUUGACGAGAUAUAAAAUUAUGAAGAAUUAAUGACACUGAUGUUAUCAUAUCCCAAAAUAUUUAUUUACCUCUUUAUAUAUUUUGGUUUUUAUACAUCAUGUAAUACUUCUCUCUUUUCUUCUCUGUGUCAGAAAUAUAUUACUAUUACACAAAAAUUUCGAAUAUAUGUCAUUGCGAGAUGUUGCAUGAAAUGGGAUAUCUUUUUGUAAUUAUUAAUUACACGUUCCUUAUCUUUACCACAAAGGCCUAAUUUUUCUUUUGCUAAUUGCUAUUCAACAUCUUCAUCAUCCAGUAUAUAUUCCACUGGCACAUCCGAGAUUUCGUCAUCUUGUACCGGUACCUUUAACAAACAUUAAUUUUAUGAUUAUAAUCGACAUGAUAAGCAAACAAUAUUUAAUAUGCAGCUGUUAUAUUCAUCCUGUUUUAUGCAUCUUUUUCACGCAAAAGAAAAAACUGAACAUUACUUUUGUAGCAUUUUCUUAACGUUAUAUUAUUUUAAUAACUUAUCGCAAGUUCCAAAUAUCUAAAUUCUAUACAAA